AUGGAUCGUUGCAUCUUUUGCUCAUUAUUGUACUCCACCGAUAGCACUGGAGAGCUCUCAUCGAGCCGCCAGGCUUGGCCGUUGUAUCACUGGGCCUUCCGCACUUUACCCCGUGGUAGAGAACUCAAAGGGUCAAUGAUUUUGAGAUUUUGGUCCACGCAGCCUACACUCGUAUCUAAAUCGUUUCGUUUCUUUCCGGGAAACGAUUUCCACAUACCUUCCUCCAAUGAACUACAACACUCCACAGACCCCAAAGAGAGUGGCGGAUAUCAGAUCAAAGAGUGGAUGGAGACCUGUACCAGACAUCAUGCAGGCUGCAGCAAGAACCCCGACGACAAGCGUCCCGGCGCCUCUUUCCUGCCAACUCGGCUCAUUGAUGUUGAUACCGGUGAUGAAAACGUCGUCCGUCUUAUAGAAACCAAAAUAACGAAGGUGAAGGGCCCAUAUUGCACAUUGAGUCAUGCAUGGGGACCGCCGGAGAAGAAAUUUCUGACCACGACUGUAUGGAACAUGGCAAAGCAUCUGCUGAACGGCAUCAAGAUGAGUGAGCUACCACCCAACUUCCAGCAGGCAAUUGAGAUUACUCGAUUCUUGAAGAUCCGGUAUAUCUGGAUUGACAGCCUAGUCAUCGUCCAGGAGCCGUACGGCGACUUCGUAAAAGAAGGUGAUCUCAUGCAUAAGGUCUACCGGUACUCGUACUGCAACAUCGUCGCAGCGGACUCAAGCGAUGGAUAUGGUGGCCUUUUCAGAAAACGUGAUCCGCAUGCUGUUCUUCCUGUGGAGUUCCGUGCUACCGAAGCGACUUACGGAUUGGGGAAAAAGGCGUGGACUAUCGUUCCGGCUGACUUGUGGGAGAGAGAGCUUUUGAACUCUUUCAUUUACACCCGUGGAUGGGUGUUUCAAGAACGCAUGCUCUCCCCUCGCAUCCUCCAUUUCACUAAACAUCAGAUCUUCUGGGACUGCAACACACUCUCGGCCUGUGAAGCGUUCCCUACUGGCCUCCCCCUCCACUUAGAUAAAAAGGCAAGCACUGACCGACACUGGCGUGGUCGGCUAGACCAAAGCCAAAUCUCUUCCCGUGCCCUAUGCGGCGCGAAUGACGACGAAAGCUCAUACACAUUCUGGAUGUCGGCGGUCCAGAACUACACCGACUGCAAUCUCACUAAUCAAGGCGAUAAAACGGUAGCGAUAUGGAGCGUCGCGAAGCUGUUGCGCGAUAUUUCGUCCGAGGAAUAUGUUGUCGGCAUGUGGUCGACUUUCUUGGAGGAACAGCUGGCUUGGAGAGUCCGCGAUAUCGAUAGAAGUGAGAGGUUUCCUGAGCUCCAGAUUGAUAUUCCCAGUUGGUCAUGGGCGAGCAUCAAGGGGCCCAUCUUACCUCAGCAUCGGCUAGCAAUGAGGUCUUAUAAAGUCAAGAACCACAAAGGUGGCGAUGUGAGCUUUACGAUCGAA